AUGGGAUCUUGUCAUAUUGCCCACGAUUGCAAGAUCGGAAACAACAUCAUUUUUGUAAAUAAUACAUUGCUGGCAGGCCAUGUUGUGGAGGAAAAUUAUGCUCACACUGCAGGGGCUGUUGUCGUUCAUCAAUUCUGCCAUGUUGGCUCUUUCUCAUUUAUUAGUGGUGGCUCUGUGAUCGCACAGGAUGUUCCAAAGUACAUGAUGGUUGCGGGAGAAAGAGCUGUGCUUCGUGGUUUAAACCUUGAAGGUCUACGACAUAAUGGAUUCACAGCCGUAAAGAUAAGAAGCCUGAGAACAGUUUACCAAAAGAUAUUCAUGCCUGCUGAUAAAAAUUCCAGGGAAACCACAAGAAACUCCAUUCUUUCCAAUCUCUUAUAUAAUCCUAACUCUUUACCAGGAAUUUCUGAGAGCUCAAUUGAUCAACCCAUGAGGCUUGCUGAAAUUUAUGUUACUGCUGAAAAUGCUCUGCACAAUACAGUUUCUAAUCCUAAUCGAUUAAAGUCUUUGUCAUCUACAUAG